AUGACAGACCAAAGUAAUGGCACCACCAGCUCCUCAAAAGCCAGAAGCGUCCUCACCUGGGAGCAAGUAGACCGCUUGAACAGCUUUCUGACAGAAGUGGUUCCCAUCCAUGGACGUGGCAACUUUCCCACCUUGAAGAUCACAUUAAAAGAAAUUGUGCAGCUGGUGCGCAGCAGACUAGAGGAUGCUGGGAUCAAAGUCAGGGAUGUGAGGCUCAAUGGUUCAGCAGCCAGCCACGUCUUGGUGAAAGAUAAUGGCCUUGGCUAUAAAGAUUUGGAUUUGAUAUUUGGUGUCAACGUGCCCUCAGAAGCAGAGUUCCAGCUUGUGAAGGAUGUGGUUAUUGGUUUACUUCUGAACUUUCUGCCCGAGGGAGUAAACAAGGAGAAAAUCAGUCCGGUGACUCUGAAAGAGGCCUAUGUCCAAAAGCUGGUCAAGGUCUUCACAGAUGCAGACCGCUGGAGCUUAAUAUCCCUCUCCAACAAAGACGGGAGGAACAUCGAGCUAAAGUUUGUCAACUCCAUCCGCCGUCAGUUUGAGUUUAGUGUGGACUCCUUCCAGAUUGUUCUGGACUCGCUUCUCUUCUACCAUGACUGUUCUGAGAAUCCCAUGUCUGAGCACUUCCAUCCCACAGUCAUUGGUGAGAGCAUGUACGGAGACUUCGAGGCUUCUCUAAACCAUCUGCGCAACAAACUCAUAGCUACAAAGAACCCAGAGGAGAUCCGAGGUGGUGGCCUCAUGAAGUACAGCAAUCUGCUGGUGCGUGACUUUAAGCCAUCAGACAAGGAGCAGAUUAAGUCUCUAGAACGUUACAUGUGUUCUCGUUUCUUCAUAGACUUCUCAGAUAUCUUUGAACAGCAACGCAAGUUGGAGUCCUACCUCCAGAACCACUUUAUUGUAGGUGAGGAGAAGAGCAAGUAUGACUACCUAAUGAUCCUACGGAAAGUGGUUAACGAGAGCACAGUGUGUUUAAUGGGACAUGAACGCAGGCAGACUCUGAAUCUCAUCUCUCUGUUGGCACUCCGGGUGCUGGCGGAACAAAACAUUAUACCAAACGCCACGAACGUCACCUGCUACUACCAGCCUGCCCCUUACGUCAGCGACGCCAACUUCAGCAAUUACUACAUUGCCAACACUGCCGUCUCCUACAGCCAGUCCUAUCCAACAUGGCUUCCUUGUAGCUAG